AACCUGCACGUAAGGCUAAGGAUGAUAAAAAUGAUCACUACAAAACAUUCGUCAAAACCGAAAGAAUGGCCAAUAUCGAUUAUAUUUUAUAAUACAUAUCGCACUGUUAAACAUUUUUAGAAUUAAGCUCCUGAAUGAAAUUUGUAAAAAUGUUUAUGGUCAGAAAAGAAACACAUUUAACAGAGACAUUUCAGGUAUUAAAAAUUAUGUAAUUCUUCAUUGUGUUUGCACAAAUUUUGAACAUACUGUAUAUUGAACCUUUGUUAUAUUAAUAUUAAAGAAAAUGAUAUGUGUUUAUGUACAGUAUGUGGUGAGUUUCUUAGUUUAGAGAGUGGGAGUGGUAUAGUUGAUAUCUCUUUAUUGGCAACAGUGAAAUAAAAUAAUUUUUAAAUAAUUACAUUUGAGAAGAUGAAAUCAUUAAAUUUUGAACUAAAUAAUUUACUUCAAAUGAGCCAGCGUUUAAUUUUCUUCAAUUUAACUGAUUGAUUGAUUGAACACUACAGUGUUUUUUUGCCAAUUGUCAUAAUUAACCAAUCAAAACUCAUGAAAUGUUUUCUUUUGACAGGUUUGUUUGUUUAUUUGUGUGUGAGUGAGUGAGUGCGUGCGUGCGUGCGUGUGUGUAUGUCCAUCUUUUUCAAGUGAACUAAUCUGAAUGAUUGCUCAUCAUUUAUAUUAUUGUUAUUAUACUUCUUUUUUUUAAUUCUGAUCUAUUAAGGUGUGUUUCCACCGCAGGAACUAGAUCUCUGUUAGCGCUGCUGUUAACUCACUAUUUUAGCUCCACCAUGUCACUCACCAGCUGUUUGCACUCUCUUGCUGUCUUUUCUCUCUCAUUGCAUCAGUGACUCAUCAAAACAUCCACAUAGUUUUUUUAAACCUCCACUGGGAGAACUCAACAACAACUUUAUAUAUAUCUUUCUGACUGUGACACAGCUGCAGCACACACUCUGGACUCGCAGUGCACCGUGCGUUUGUGUGUGGGUACGGCGUCACUUUUAUGUCAAAAGUCGUGAGAGCAGUAAAUAUAUAUAGGUCCUCGCAAGCAUAUUAAACAACUGUGAGCAGUUCAGACAGCUACAGAACCCAUAUUGCACAGGCAUACGUUAAUAUCUGCGUGCGUGCAGUGAUAUUAUUUGCUUGUGAGAGUUUUUUACUGCUUUUAUGACAUUUAGAUCCUGGAACUAUGCGAUGGAAACGCACCUUUAGCUUAGCUCAUAGCUUCUGGCCUAUGUAUUGAUGUGAAGCUGUCAUUAAUUAGCAAACAGCUGUUUGUAUGUGUGUAUGUAUAUGUGUGUUGCUAACUGCUUUAUUCUGUAUAACUGUGCAUAAAUUGUCUUACGUUGUUUUCUGCUUUGUUUCUGUGUUUGUUUGUUUGUUUGUUUGUUUGUUUUUUGCAUGCUAAACAUGGCUUAUUCCGGAUUUGUGCUUUUUGCAACAGCUGGCUCAGCUGCAGAAGGAGAAGUCAGAGAUUCUGAAAAACUUGGCUCUCUACUACUUCACGUUCGUAGAUGUCAUGGAAUUCAAGGACCAUGUGUGUGAGCUGUUGAACACCAUCGAUGCCUGCCAGGUCUUCUUUGAUAUUACGGUGAAUUUUGACCUGACAAAGAACUACCUAGACCUGGUGGUGACUUACACAACUCUGAUGAUAAUACUGUCUCGCAUCGAGGAGAGAAAAGCCAUCAUAGGACUGUAUAACUACGCCCACGAGAUGACGCAUGGAGCCAGUGACCGGGAGUAUCCUAGGUUGGGCCAGAUGAUCGUGGACUAUGAAAACCCUUUGAAGAAGAUGAUGGAGGAGUUUGUUCCGCAUGGAAAGUCCCUGUCAGACGCAUUGAUCAGUCUUCAGAUGGUCUACCCCAGGAGGAACCUGUCUGCUGACCAGUGGAGGAAUGCCCAGCUGCUCUCUCUCAUCUCUGCCCCCUCUACCAUGCUCAAUCCUGCUCAGUCUGACACUAUGCCGUGUGAAUAUCUGUCACUGGAUGCAAUGGAGAAGUGGAUUGUUUUUGGUUUCAUCCUGUGUCACGCAGUGUUGAACAGCGACGCCGCAGCCUUGUCUCUGUGGAAGUUGGCUCUGCAAAGCUCCACCUGUCUCUGUCUGUUCAGGGACGAAGUCUUCCACAUCCACAAGGCUGCAGAGGAUCUGUUUGUAAACAUCAGAGGGUACAACAAACGCAUCAACGACAUCAGAGAGUGUAAAGAACAGGCCCUCUCUCACGCAGGCUCCAUGCACAGAGAGAGACGCAAGUUCCUCAGAUCUGCUCUGAAGGAGUUGGCAACUGUUUUAGCCGAUCAGCCUGGGCUGCUAGGUCCUAAGGCUUUAUUUGUGUUCAUGGCGUUGUCUUUUGCCAGAGACGAGAUAAUAUGGCUGCUUCGACAUGCAGACAACAUCCAAAAGAAAAGCACAGAUGAUUUCAUUGACAAACACAUAGCAGAGUUGAUCUUCUACAUGGAAGAACUCCGAGCUCAUGUCAGGAAGUACGGUCCUGUGAUGCAGCGAUACUACGUACAGUACCUGUCUGGUUUUGAUGCUGUGGUGCUGAACGAAUUGGUGCAGAACCUGUCCGUGUGUCCAGAGGACGAGUCUAUUAUCAUGUCUUCAUUUGUCAACACUAUGACCUCUCUCAGUGUCAAACAAGUGGAGGACGGAGAGGUGUUUGACUUCAGAGGCUUGAGGCUCGACUGGUUCAGACUGCAGGCUUACACAAGUGUCUCAAAAGCCAGUCUUGGUAUAGCUGACCACAAGGAGCUCGGUAAAAUGAUGAACACCAUCAUCUUCCACACAAAGAUGGUGGAUUCUCUGGUGGACAUGCUGGUGGAGACAUCAGACCUGUCCAUUUUCUGCUUCUACAGCCGUGCGUUUGAAAAGAUGUUUCAGCAGUGUCUGGAACUUCCCUCUCAGAGCCGACACUCCAUCUGCUUCCCUCUGCUCUGCACACACUUCAUGUCCUGCACACACGAGCUCUGUCCUGAGGAGCGACACCAUAUAGGGGACCGAAGCCUGUCAUUGUGUAACAUGUUUCUGGAUGAAAUGGCCAAACAGGCCAGAAACCUGAUCACUGACAUCUGCACUGAACAAUGUACACUCAGCGACCAGCUGCUCCCCAAACACUGUGCAAAAACCAUUAGCCAGGCUGUGAACAAGAAGAGUAAGAAGGCAACAGGGAAGAAGGGUGAGCCUGAGCGAGAGAAGCCGGGGGUGGAGAGCAUGAGGAAGAACAGGCUGCUAGUCACCAAUCUGGACAAACUCCACACAGCGUUAUCUGAACUCUGCUUCUCCAUCAACUACGUUCCCAACUUGGUGGUGUGGGAGCACACGUUCACACCGAGAGAGUACCUCACCUCUCACCUGGAGAUCCGAUUUACAAAGUCCAUCGUGGGGAUGACCAUGUACAACCAGGCUACCCAGGAGAUCGCCAAGCCCAGUGAGCUACUGACCAGCGUCCGCGCCUACAUGACUGUGCUACAGUCCAUAGAGAACUACGUCACCAUUGACAUCACCCGGGUCUUCAACAACGUCCUCCUGCAGCAGACGCAGCACCUGGACAGUCACGGGGAACCCACCAUCACCAGUCUCUACACCAACUGGUACUUGGAGACGUUGCUCCGUCAGGUCAGCAACGGACACAUCGCCUACUUUCCCGCCAUGAAGGCCUUUGUCAACCUGCCCACGGAGAACGAAUUGACUUUCAAUGCAGAGGAGUACUCGGACAUCUCUGAGAUGCGUUCGCUGUCGGAGCUUUUGGGACCAUAUGGGAUGAAGUUCCUCAGCGAGAGUCUGAUGUGGCACAUCUCGUCACAGGUCGCGGAGUUAAAGAAACUGGUGGUGGAGAACAUGGAGGUGCUGACCCAGAUGAGGACAAGCUUCGACAAGCCUGACCACAUGGCGGCGCUCUUCAAGAAACUCACCUCUGUGGACAGUGUUUUGAAGAGAAUGACCAUCAUUGGAGUCAUCUUGUCCUUCCGCUCCCUUGCUCAGGAGGCUCUGAGAGAUGUUUUAUCUUGUCACAUUCCCUUCCUCGUCAGUUCGGUGGAAGAUUUCAAAGACCACAUUCCCCGAGAGACAGACAUGAAGGUGGCCAUGAAUGUCUACGAGCUGUCAUCCGCUGCAGGUCUGCCCUGUGAGAUCGACCCGGCUCUGGUCGUGGCUCUGUCCUCGCAGAAAAGUGAGAACAUCAGUCCAGAGGAGGAGUAUAAGAUUGCCUGCCUGCUGAUGGUGUUUGUGGCUGUUUCACUGCCAACGCUGGCCAGCAACGUCAUGUCCCAGUACAGCCCCGCCAUUGAAGGUCACUGUAACAACAUCCACUGCCUGGCCAAAGCCAUCAACCAGAUCGCUGCUGCUCUCUUCACCAUCCACAAGGGAAGCAUAGAGGACCGUCUGAAGGAGUUCCUGGCUCUCGCCUCAUCCAGUCUGCUAAAGAUCGGUCAGGAGACGGAUAAGAUGACGACGCGUAACAGAGAAUCUGUCUACCUGCUGCUGGACAUGAUCGUGCAGGAGUCCCCGUUCCUGACCAUGGACCUGCUGGAGUCCUGUUUCCCCUACGUCCUGCUGCGAAACGCCUACCACGCCGUCUACAAACAGAGCAUCAGCGCUAACGCGUAGGCGCACAGUAACCACGCGGCGAAGGCCUUCGAUUCCACCGCGCCGUCUGCCACCUUGUACCACAACGAAUACACACUAAGAUCAUACACUAAAGACAAACUAGAACACGCUAAACUAUGUCGACGCGACCUCAACGCGCCAUCCUGACAGCAGCAACGGUGUCGACGCGAGAGAAUAGUGACACACUAACAGUAUAGCAUUUAAAAACAAGUCCACACUAAAUACAGAACAAAUACUGUACAUUU